AUGACUUCUGACUGUCCCCACACGUGCUGCUCUCCUGAACCCUCUGCCAGGGCUUCCGACUGCGCAUUUGCCUCAAGCUGUUCCGUGGAAGCCCCUUGCCUCCCCGGCACCCCUGCUACAUCCAGAUGCCAGACUCCCAGCUUCCUAUCCGGGGCUCACCUGCCGACUGGCUGCCCCACGCCAUGCUACUUUGCGGGGAAUUGUACCAUUCCGCGCUUGGUGGGGAACUGCGCUUGGUGUGAGGAUGGCGUGUUCAACAGCAAUGAGAAGGAGACGAUGCAGUUCCUGAAUGACAGACUCGCCAGCUAUCUGGAGAAGGUGCGUGGCCUGGAGGAGGUGAAUGCAGAGCUGGAAUGCAGGAUCCGAGAGCAAUGCGAAGAGGAUAUCCCACUGGUGUGCCCCGAUUACCAGUGUUAUUUCGACACCAUUGAAGAGCUCCAGCAAAAGAUCUUGUGCACGAAGGCAGAGAAUUCUAGACUUGCUGUACAGCUUGACAACUGCAAACUGGCUGCCGAUGACUUUAGGUCAAAGUACGAGGCUGAACUGUCUCUUCGCCAGCUGGUAGAGACAGACAUUGGCGGCCUGCGUGGGAUCCUGGGUGAGCUGACUCUGUGCAAAGCUGAUCUGGAGGCCUACGUGGAGUCUCUGAAAGAAGAUCUCCUUUGCCUUAAGAAAAACCACGAAGAGGAGGUCAACUUGCUCCGUGGACAGCUGGGUGACCGACUCAGUGUGGAGCUGGACACCGCCCCCACCAUUGACCUCAACGGGGUCCUGGAUGAGAUGCGUUGUCAGUAUGAAACCGUGCUCGCCAACAACCGCAGAGACGUGGAAGAAUGGUUUGCUGUUCAGACCGAGGAGCUGAAUCAGCAGCAGCUGUGCAGCGCGGAGCAGCUGCAGGGCUGCCAGACAGAGAUCCUGGAACUGAAACGCACAGCCAAUGCUCUGGAAAUUGAGCUUCAAGCACAGCAAAGCCUGGCAGAAUCUCUGGAAUGCACUGUGGCAGAGACGGAGGCCCAGUACAGCUCCCAGCUGGCCCAGAUGCAGUGCCUGAUCGAUAACGUGGAGAACCAGCUGGCCGAGAUCAGGUGUGACCUGGAGCGGCAGAACCAGGAGUACGAGGAGCUGCUGGACACAAAGGCCCGGCUGGAGUGCGAGAUCAACACGUACCGGGGUCUCCUUGAGAAUGAGGACAGCAGGCUUCUCUGUAACCCGUGUUCUGCCAUAAGCACAUCCAGCAACACUUGUGAGCCGUGCACGGCGUACGUCAUUUGCACAGUCGAAAACUGCUGCACGUGA